GUUUAAACAUUAAUUUAAAGGGAGUGGUUACUGGGCGUGGUUUUAAAAGAAUCUUUUUCUUUAAUUCUUUUUGUCUUUAUUUUCUUUUGUUACAUGGGUCAGCAGCAAGGUAAGGAUCAGUUACCAGUUGAUAUAGGGGAAGAGAUCAGUUCUCUCUCUAACAAGACAAUAUGGAACGUGCACUUUGGAAACAGAAAGCCUGCUAAUGAUCCCGUUUUAGUUUUUAUAUUUAAUUUUGCUAAUAAAAGCGAUGAUGAGAUACGCCAGGCACGGUCCGCCCACUUACGGCUCAAAACAUUGCGUCAUCCAAACAUUCUACGCUACAUUGACGGAGUUGAGUUACUGGAUAGCAUUUAUAUGAUGACCGAGGAAGCCACACCCCUUCAAGAAGUAUUAGAAUCUGCCACACCUCCUUCGGAACAUUUAGUGUCAUGGGGGAUACAUCAAAUAAUUAAAUCAAUAAGUUUUCUUUCUAAUGACUGCAGUUUAAUUCAUAACAAUGUUGCCAUUCAUUCAGUAUUUGUGGAUGCUGCAGGUGAAUGGAAGCUGUCAGGUGUUGAAUGGAUGUACUCAUACAAUGAUACCAACAUUCCAUUGAAAACAUUUCAAAGUCUUAAUAAAUAUGAUCCACCGGAAAACAUGAAGCAGGCUAAAAGGAAGACGGAGAAAUGGUCACGUGACAUGUGGGGCUUGGGUUGUCUGCUGUGGGAAGUUUUUAAUGGUCCGAUACACCAGAGCUCUAAUUUAAGGGAUACUUCAAAAUUUCCAAAGAGCCUCUCCUCCCAUUACUUACAGUGUGUUAAUGCUAAUCCAAUGGCUAGACCCAAUCCAUCCGAACUAUUGCAGUCUUUAAAGGAGAGAGGAGGCUACCUUAGCAAUACCUUCAUAUCACUUAACCUGAAAAUAGAAGAGCUUCAACUAAUGGAGGCUGAUAGGAAGAAUCAUUUCUUUGUUGAGUUGAACAAGUCGCUUGAUCUCUUCCCUGACUCAUUUGCUCAUCAUAAAGUCCUCCCUCAUCUCCUCAAUGUGUUUGAGUUUGGAGGAGCUGGUCCCACAGUCCUUGCUCCAUUAUUAAAAAUUGGUAAACUGCUACCAGAGGACGAGUAUCAGAGGAAGAUAGUUCCUUGUAUAGUAAGAUCCUUUGGGUCUAAUGACAGAGCAACCAGACUGAACCUGUUGCAACAUUUGGAUCAGUUUAUUGAUCAGUUGCAGCCUAGUGUGUUAAAUAAUUCCUUGUUUGGUCAGAUAGUGACUGGUUUCACUGACACUGUGCCAACAAUCAGAGAACACACCAUUAAAGCCUCUCUAUUAUUAGCUCCCAAGUUGAAUGAUUCUAAUCUAAGUCAAUUAUUGAAAUUUUUUGCUAAAUGCCAACUAGAUGAACAGGCUGGUAUUCGUACCAACACCACUAUAUGCCUUGGAAAGAUUGCACCUCACCUGAACAGCAAGACUAGAGACAGGGUCCUUGUCUCAGCAUUCACUCGUUCCCUUAAGGACCCGUUCCCUCCUGCUCGCUCAGCUGGUAUAGGAGCACUGGGCUCCACCCUCUCUUACUACACACCCAUUGACAUGGCAACCAGGAUCAUCCCCUCACUGAGUCACAUGACUGUAGACAAGGACCAGUCCGUCCGAGAGCAGACAUUUAAAGUUUUGAGGCUGUAUGUCGAUAAAUUGGAGGAACACUCAAAAAAGAUGGAGCCGUCGUCUGACGGAGAAGGAAUUGAACAAACUGAAGGGGCGUCCUCAUCAGUGGCUAGUUGGACUGCUGGUUGGGUCAGCUCAAUCAGUAAAUAUGUCUCCACCUCAUCAUCUGCAAAACCUGAAACCACACCCACUGCCCCACCCACAUCAUCUUACCAACCUAGUAGCCAGCGACAGACACAAGAAGUCAAGGCUACCAUACCUACUACCUCUGAAGAAAGGAGAGAUGAUAAAUGGGAUGAAGACCAAUGGGAGGAUUUUGGUAAUGAGGACACUAAGAAAGGAACCACUCAUUCAUCAUCAGGCUGGGACGAUGAAAUGUGGGAGAGUUUUGAGCCAACGCCUAAAAAGACCACACCCACUGGCCGGGCACCAGCUUCAUCCUCAAUGAAGCUCUCAAAGAACAAGUUGCUGUCUCCUCCCCCUGACACACCCCCUGAUGAUGACUUUUGGUCUCGUUUAGAAACAUCAAAACCAUCAACAAGAGGUAGGGAUAAAACCACACCUCCUCCGGUACCAUCUAGCAUGUUUGACAUUAAAGACACCAAUAAAACAGGAAAAAUGGGAGGAGCUAAGAUUUCAGGGGGCGGAGCUAGUGGUGAUGGAUGGGGGGACUGGGACGAUUCUGAAUUUGAACCAGUGCAGGACCCGGUGAGGGGGGUCAGUGAAAGUGAGGAAACUGGAUCAAAUGUUAUGACAAACGAGGGCUGGGAGUUUGAAGGUGGUGGGUGGGAAGAUGCCACGCCCAUGAGUAAACCUGUCGCAAAGCAAGAGCAAGAAUUGGAGAGACAGAGAGAGCUAGAGAGGAGGAGAGAGGAGAGAAGAGCAAGACAGGAGGCAGCAAGGAAGAAAAGAUCAGCUGGUAUGUCACUGAAACCAACCGGACUGGGGGCAGUCAAAAAAGACUGAGGGAUGAGUAAUGAAUAUUUUUCAUUAUUAAUUAUUUUGUUUUAUGAUUAUUAUUAUUUCAAUGGCGUAUGGUACGUAAUACGUA